GCGUUUUUAUCAAUAUUUCGAUCAAUUUCGAUAGCGUAUGUGAUUGCGUAGAGAUUUGUUUAUCGACCGAGCAUUCGAAGCAAAGCCUACUUUUGAUUUAUUUGUCUCGAUUAUUGUGGAGUAUCGUGUUCGAAUUUAAAUUUGAUUUUUUUCUCGAUUUGUGUAGGAUUUCUAAAUCUUCGUUGUAUUUGCAGUUCUUCUCUUUUGAAGUUUUUUGACAGAUUCCGUUUUACAAUUCUUGCCAAUAUUCUUGGAAUUUCGAUUUUCGAAAGUAUAAAAAUUCAUCGAACGAGAAAAAUAUUUGUUGAACUGUUGCGUCUCUUCUCGUUCUUCCAUUUAUUUUUUUUUUCUGUUCUUUAAAGCUUUUUUUUUUUUCCUUUUUGACACGAAGUGAUCUUGUUAAAUUUAACGUGAUUUCUGUGGAAGCACCAUCGAUGCUGGCUUGCGCCAGUUUUUUUUUUUUUUCACGCCGCGAUACACACACGUGUUAUAACAAGCGACUUAAGCUUAAAUUAACUUGAUAACGAAACUUUGAGACAUGUCUGUAAACAUUUUUUUCGAUACUAUUAAAUUUUUUUCCAUCCAUUUUUCAUUUAAAGAAUUUGGAAUAACUUAAAGAAUUUAAUUUUUUAAAUGAAAUACGUAUCGAUCCGACGUAACGAAUAAUAAAAUUUUGUUCUCAUGCAUUUGUCCAAUCCCUAAGACUUUUUACGUCAUGGAAAAAUUGCAACAAAGAGGCGAUCGAUAUUAACACACGUGCUCUCGAAAGGAAAACUUGAACGAUCGAUAGAGUUCAUAACAAAAACUACUGCAUAAAACCUUGAGUGAAAAUAUUAACUCGUUACGAAAUCUUCUUUUUAAAAUUUACAAUCUCUCUCUCUCUUUCUCUCUAAUUAUUAUAAUUUUCAGAAUUCUAAUUUUAUUCAUACUUUAUUUUCUGAAAUUCAUUUCUCCUUUUUUCUUCGAAUCCUCCUCCUUUCCAAGUUACGUUAUUUUUUUUUUUUUUUUUUUUAUAGUAAUAAAAGCUACAUUUUGCUAUCUUCUUCUUGAAAUUUAUAUUUAACAUUUCCUUUACGCACGAUUUUAAUCCCUCCGUAAAAAGUUUAUCGAAAAAGUUUGUAAAAAAAAAUGUUAUGGAUGGAUCAGACUGUUUUAUCGUUUCAUAUUUCACGUUUUAUGGUGCAUUUUAUAAAGCUAAUAAAUAAAAAGUUUCGAAACAUCUUUGAUGGAAGAGUGUCUAUAAAGAUCGAUUUAACGUCUCACGAGCUUAUAUAUUUUUCUAGUGUUGGGACAAAAUAAACAUCAAUAAAAUCGAUAUACUAUGUUGAACAUCUGUUGAUGCUAAAAUAGCCUGACUCUCAAUUAACUGAUAUAAAAAUACUCUCGAUAAUCUUGAUACUUUGACUGAAAAAAAAAAAAAAGAAGAAGAAGAAUAAAAACAGAGAGAUAAAUAAAUAAAUAAACGAUCGCGAAAAAGAAAUUUAUAGAAUUUUAAAAAAAUCUAUAAUUCGAACGGAUUUUUCACGUAAAAUAACUUAUUUUGACUCUCUUAACGAUAAAUUCUUUUAUACGACUCAAGAAACGCAAGAGAGAAAAAAAAGGAAGCGAAGAACCGCAAGAGAUUGUAAAAAGGGAGCAAUGAAAACGAGACGCGAAUAGGGUUGACGAUCAAAAAAGAGUCGACUUCAAGACUCUCCUCCUUAAGUGCUAUACUUCUUUUUUCUCUUCUCUUUUUUGCCUCCACGAGACCGGCCUCCCUCCUCCAAGUUCGUUUCUGGACCCUUGCUCGCCAGAAGCCUUGAAUUUAGUUGUUAACCGGUAGUGCUUACGUUUCCUCGUGUGUUCCUCUCUUCCUCGUAUUCCCUCCCUGGCAUGCCUGGAAAAAUAAGAAUAGCUCUCCACUUCCUUUGAUCCACCGUUCCCCGACGAAAUCUCUCGGAAACGUCAGUUUCGAUCGUUCCUCGCCGACGACAACACGCGUCUCGACCAAAUACUUCUGAAUUUUUCUUUUCUUUUCUUUUCUGUCUCUCUCUCUCUCUCUCUCUCUCUCUCUCAAAGCGAUCGAUCAAAGUCUUUGAUUCUUCUCUCUAUGAAAUUCGAGAGCGAGCUUCAUAUUCGAUUCGAUGAAUGAGCUUCUAAGCUUCGAUGAAAUUACGUACUAUUUUUGAUCUUUUUUUUUUUAAUUCUAGUUGAAGUCGAUGAAUUAAACGAUAGAUUAAAUUACACGAUCGAUCAAUUCGAUCUUGAAAUAGGAGCGAGGAUUGAAUUCCUUUAAAGUUUAAAAAAGAUUCCGUUAAAAUCAUAACAAGAAAAAUCAAGUAAACUAGAACAAAGAUUUUUACCUUUACAAAAAAUCGUCCGAAGGAGAAUGCACGAAACGGAAUGAAACGGAGCUGCAAGUCACGAAAUUGCGCGUGUGCAUAAUUCGAAGAGAGCAACCAGUCGGAUAUGAUAAAAAAAGAACCGUGUUGGCGACAAAAGGGAGAAACACUUUCGCCGCGUUCGUCGCGAUGCCUUUGAAAAGCGUCACGAAUUUUCCAACGCUCGGGAAGACGUUGGCGAGGCGGCGAACAUUCGCUUAGCUUCGUUGUGUUCCAUCACCUCCACAGGGUGUCGCUUUCAGUCUCCUGGCCGAGGCAGGGGCCCCAAGCAGGUGUAACACGGCGUUUCCAUUCACCGUGACGUGGUGCCCUGGAACGGACCACUGUGCACGCUUCUACUACGUCUUCGAAGGAAAUCCUCUGCUGUUUGCUCGGUGCUCUUUGCAAACACACUUCGCUUCGACUACCGAAAGUGAUGAAUAUGCCAGGACACGUGCUGGAAAAGGAACACCGUUAGUAAUCACCGUUAAGUGGAAAACAGAUCGGUUUUAUCGCGUGCUUGUGACAAUAUUUACAAAGUAUAAAGACACACUAUUUUUCAUACGACACGAAACGCUUAAGAAUGAUCGUGUUUUCUUUCUAUACUGGCGUCACUCUAUACUCGAUGAUAAAUAUAUAAAAGGAAAGAGGUAGUCGAAUAAAGGGAGUGUGAAUAAUGUGUGAUCUGUAGUUUGAAAGGGUGGUUUUGAAAGUGUAGAGUUUGUAGUGGACUGAUCGGUGCAGGAAGAACGUCGAAAUGGUUUUCUUCGGGAGAAAGGAGAAAAUUGAAGACCGGCGAUUGCUAGCCAGCAUCGACGCUGUGAAUGGCGCCAAACUGUAUCACAUAGAAAAUGCCGCCUUCAUGCACGUACGCGACAACCUGGAGGAACUGGGCAAGGUGGCCGACGACACGGAUCUGUUGUUUCUCAAAGGCCUCUUGGACAGCCCUGUAGUCACGUCUCUGGUUAAGGUCCAAGAGCGUCUGGAGGAUCCUCCACUCCACGUGGAACCGGUAUGCUCCUCCGUUUGUGAUAUCGUCGACGAGGUGUGUCACGCGCUCCGUUCCUCGAGGGACGAGAACGCGCGGGAGCUCGUGCGAUUGCUGAGGAGCUCGCAUCUGAAAGCGCUCCUGGAGACCCACGACGCGGUCGUCGAGAGGAAGGAAGCGCCACCGUCGAAGCCGGAACCGUCGUUACUGACGAUGCCCACUAACGAGAGGAUGGAAGCCGUCAGAGUCGUCGGCCUCAGAAGGCAGCCCGAUGAACCCCUGGGCCUAACAGUGCAAGUCAACGAAUCUGGCAACUUGAUCAUCGCCAGGAUCCUGGGCGGAAGCACGGCCGCCCGCCAAGGACUUCUUAGAACCGGUGAGGUGAUUCUCGAAGUAAAUGGAAAGGAAGUUCACAACCCUGAGGAGCUUCAGGAAGCCAUUCACGAGGCAAAGGAGAAUUUGUCGCUGAAGCUGGCGCCUGGUAUCGCCACCGAUGGCAAUCGACCUGUAAAAUCCACGUGUUACAUGAGAGCGCUCUUCGACUACGAUCCAUCAGAAGAUACUCUUUUACCAUGUAGAGAGAUUGGACUUCCGUUCCAAAAAGGCGAUGUACUACAAAUCGUGGAUCAGGCGGAUCCAAACUGGUGGCAAGCUCGAAGAGUCGAAGGUGAAGGUUUAGGUCCACCUGGGCUAAUCCCAUCUUUGGAACUGGAAGAACGAAGGAAAGCGUUUGUUCCACCGGAAGCUGACUUUGUACACAAAAUUAGCAUUUGUGGGACCAAGAUUUCUAAAAAGAAGAAAAGAAAGAUGUAUCAAUCGAAGUCUAACGGUGAAUUUGAUAGUGCAGAACUUUUGUUAUAUGAAGAAGUAGCCAGGAUGCCACCUUUUAGACGUAAAACCUUGGCUUUAGUCGGUGCGAGAGGUGUUGGUCGUAGGACAUUGAAGAAUAGGCUGAUAAAUAGUGAUCCUGAGAAGUUUGGUACCAUUGUUCCGUAUACAUCACGACCAUCCAGAGUACUCGAAGAGGAUGGCAAAAGCUAUUGGUUUAUCGAUCGCGAAUCGAUGGAAACAGACAUCAGAGAGCAUCGGUAUCUCGAGUACGGAGAACAUGGUGGCCAUUUGUAUGGUACAAAAUUGGAUUCUGUGCGAGAAUUAAUUAGAGCAGGGAAAAUGUGUGUUUUGGAUUGUAGUCCAGCAGCUUUGAAGAUACUUCAUAACAGCACGGAAUUCAUGCCUUAUGUCAUCUUCAUAGCAGCGCCAGGAAUGGAACAAUUGAAAUGGCUGUACGAUUUACAAAGAUCGACUGGAACGAGUAGUCGAAAUUUGACGUUUGACCGCCAGAGUUCCAUCAGAUACAGUUCGAGAAGAGCCAGAACACUGGAAUCCCUUGCUUCGUUGUACGAGGAAGACGAUUUGAAGGCUACUUUGGAAGAAUCUGCGGCUUUGCAGCGUGCUUACGAAAAAUAUAUUGAUCUGGUGAUUGUGAACGAAGAUUUCGACAAUACAUUUAGACAAGUGAUCGCCGCGUUAGAUGCUUUAGCAACUGAACAUCAAUGGGUUCCGGUGAAUUGGAUAUAUUAAAUAUCAUUUAGACUAAGAAAACAAAUAGUUUCAAAAAAUUUGACUAAAACUCGAUAUUUCGAGUGAAUAAAUUAAUUAUUAUAUUGCGAAAUACGUGAUAAUACCGACCUUUAAUACCUUAUCAAGUUCGAUGUCGAGUGCAUUGUUAUUACGAUUAUAUUUAUAGCAUUGUGCAAUGGGACAAUUUUAUGAUCGUACUAUGUGUAUAAAGAAUUUUAAUGUGUUGUGUAUAUUGUCUAGAUCGAAUGUAUAGAUAUUUUUAAACGAAUGACGCACUCGACUCGAAUAAAGAAAAAUAUGGUAUCCAAGGUUUUUCAAACGAGCAAAGAAUUCUUUUAUUGAAAUGAAAACAAAAAGCUUCAAAUACGCCCACUGUGCUACUACGAAUAGUGAAAUCGGACUAUGAAAGUCAAUGAGAGAUAAUAUCGAUGACGCCGUUUCUAACAAGUACAAUCGUAGAGCAUUUACGUUAUUUCGUUUUAAAUUUAACGACCCUUUUAUCUUUUAAAUUUUGUAAAAGAUUUUUAUAUAUAAAUAAGAUAUUCUAGAAAUAGAUAUUGUUAAAAGAGACAAGAAAAUAAUAGAAAAAUUACAGAAAAUUGAUGUAAAUUUUGUUAACAUUAUUGUUAAUUUACUAUAUAGUAGUUUUAAAAAUUUUCGCAUACAUUCCCCUUCAUCAUUCAGAAUGAUUAAUUAAAAAUGAAUCACUAUUAAAAUAUACAUUAGACCGCCGUCCAAUUAUUUUUAGGAUAUAUCUAGUUUUAAUUUCUCUUAAAUCACGAAUCUGUAUAUGUACGUACAUUUAUUUACCAUUUGUCAUACAUGAUGUACUUUCAUUUCUUUUAUAGAGAUAUCUAUAUAUAAAACAUAUUAUAUAUUAUAUAUUUCAUGAAUCCUGUUUGUACCGUUCGUGCACCUUAAACAUAUUCCUGGCAUAGAGUGCCUUAAUAGCGCAACUUUUUAAUUGGCUUGCGGCGAAGACCUACUAUGUCGAGAUAUUCUCUUAUACUCGAGAGUUUUACAUAAGACAUUUAAUAAUACGUUUUUUCUAAUAUUCUAACCCAUAUGCACACGAAAACACAACCAUUGCAAAUUGCUGUACAUUAUUUAGUUGGAUAAUUCCGAUCAUGUCACGUGAUACAUGGAAAAAUAAAAUUUAUCGAGCGUUUGUUA